AUUCAUGUGGCUAAAAAGGAUUGAAUUCAGCUUGGAUUCUUUCUUGAUUCUUCCACAGCCUGCCCUGUAGAGACAUCAGCAAAUCACUCAACAACAACUUGUUUCUUCAUUUAUAAACCAGCAAUUUCUGUCUCCCAGAGAGGUGCAAGGUUAGCUGAGGCAAAGCUGAUAAAAUCUAGAUGGAAAAUGCUGCAGAAAGUUUCGUUGCACUGCACUGACUGAGCUUCCCCUGAGUGUGGUGAUGAGUUCUGUGAGUUCCAACUGUUCUAUAAGGGCUCUUCAGGCAGAGCUGGGGUCAGGGGGACAGUGGGUGCCAAUGCUGCUGUCAUUUGGUGUCAAGACAUUCUUUAGCAACUGGAAUGAUUGUGGAAUGGCUUUCCUCUUGCAGUGUGCUCUAUUUUCCAUAAGCCAGUGUAGAUAACAUUUUUCCAAUAAAUUCAUCUGGGUCAGAAGCAGUUCUGGGUGCUGUUCACAGGCUGUUAUGGUGAUCUGUGCUCUAAAUGACUCUUGUCCUCUGUAAAUGCUGCUCAGGAGGUGCCCUUGUAAACUGUUUGUGGAAAAACUGUUCAAGAAGCAGCUGUCUUUGUCCUUUUUCAGGAUUAAACUGAUCUGUCACUAUAGAACAAAACCUCCCAGGGUUAGAUUGGUCAAUUAGCAGCCACUGAUUGCCUUCAGCAAGGGCACAGCUGACACAGGUACUGUACCUUCUUUUAAUGUAAAGCUAAUUUAAUGCCUACCAAGAGUCACAGACUGCAAGAAUCUCUGAGCAUCUCUGCCCCACUCCUAAUGAUAACAUGGAAAAACUCUCCACAAACUUAGAAAGCAGAACAAAGAGUGGAGUGGGAAGCUAAUGAGAACAUGUGUCAUGCUGCCAUGGCAUCGGAGCCUGUGUGUUCUCCAGGCUUUUUUAACAGACUCUUGAACAGAGUCCUUGUCUCAGCUACAUCUCCAGGACUGUGGGAAGAGGGGGAGGCAGGCACAGGUCUUGUGUUGAUGCUCAACUGCUUCUAUGCUGCUUUCUGUGCUGCUCCUUUAAUUGCUGUUAGAGCCACAGCCUGUAAUUUGGGAAUCGUGGGUUAUGUUCCUCGCUUUGCCGAGGCUUGACUCCCUUUCCCCUCAAAGUACCGAGUUGUCAUAAUUAUGCUUGAAGCUUAAGGACAUCCAAAAUUAGAGGCAUCAUUAUGGAAAUCAUCCUUUUCAGCAGAACUCUAAACCAAGAGCGAGUCCUUGCUGCCACCUGCUUUCCUGGACAGAGAUGUUAACAGCUGGAAGGAAGGCCUUCGAAGAGCCUCUAAUUUUGUGGCUGAUUUUAAUCCCCUGAAAUCAACUGCACAGACCCAUGCCUGUGACUUUUGUUCUUUCUUAAGUCUUUUUUUAGUCUUUCUGACCACUACACAAGGAAACUUUCUGGACCCCAGCAGGUAGUUCAGUGGGGCAAAUGCAAAACCAAGUCAGAAUGAGUCCAAAAUCACUGUGUGUGUAUUGCUGCUGACUCACGACACCACUACCAUCUUUCUCCUCCCCAACACCCAUUCUGGCUUCCCCUUUUUUUAUUUAUCUCUUUUUUCCCCUUCCAUUUCCCGUCUUAGAGUACAGCUGAGUAGUUUCCCCUUUCCUCAAACUAGUUUUGCUCCUGGAAUGAUCUUUGCUCUGGCCAGAAUAUAAAGGGAGGCUGCACCCAAGACAUGUUUUCUCAGAGCCAGGACACAGGAGGGGAAACAAGGAGGUUUUUGUGACUGCAGAGGCUCAGGUUGGUCCAUGUAUUACAGAAUGGUUUAUGUUAACAGGGAAAAAAUAUAUUUUACAGCUCUGAGGCAAUAAUGGGUUUAGCAACAGGAAAGUGUGUCUCUUGUAAUCUGCUGGUUUGUGACCAUAAAUUGCUGAAGCUGCAGAGGGGGGAUCUGUGAGCUGGGAUGUGGGAGGCAGGUGACCUCAGGGCUUCCUGGUGCUGAUCUUCACCUCUGUGUGUACAGUGGAAAUCAUGGACAGCUCUGUGUAUGGAUAAGGCACAACAUGCGGAAGAACACCUUUUGUAUGAUGACAGGUGAACUCGGUAAAAGCUGUUACCACUGGGGGUUUUCACAGAGCCUUUUUUGGGUGUCAGACUUAGUGUCUGACAGAAUUCAGGGAUCUCAAAUGCUGGGGAAUGGAGAAGGAGGUGUGAACUGUUUGUAGAGCAGAGGCAACAGCUUAUUAGGAGAGUUUUAAAGGUGUUUUCACUUUUUGCCAUCAUCUUAUCCUGUGUUGUGUCCCACUCUUUUUGUGGUGUUUAUGGGGAUUAAAGAUUUAAUUCUAAGCAUAGCUGAGCACCUGGAGAACGCAGGGUGAUUUUGUUAGUGAGACUUGACAGCACUUUCUUUGCAUAGCUGUUGGCUGGAUUUUCCUUUGUUCACAGGGCUCUCAAUGACUUGCCUGUCCCCACUAAGUCUGUUGCUAAAUAGUUUUACUUUCCUGUUGCAGUGAGCUCUGGGAGCUGCUGAGCUGCUUGGAAGGAGGUUCAUCGAGCUUUGGUGACUUCUGUUUUCUCAGAAUUUCUCCCCAGCUGUGGCAGCAGCACUGGCACCACCCUCAGCUGCUGCUGCCCCCCCUCUGGGACUUCCCUUUGUGUGAGAUGUGACUGUUCCACAGGUGAUUUGCCAGCACUUGGGAGAUGUGCUCCUGUGUCUAAAGGACACUUUUCCAUUCUCAGUCUGUGAACAUCCUCGGCUUUUCCACCACACUCCAGGAGGCUGAGUCUGCUUGCUUGUUUUCUGGGGGUUGUUUUCCAGGCAGGACAACGCCGCUCACUGACAGUUCUCAGUGCUGACAUGUUGGAGGAAGACAACGAUGAGAUCUGCUGGAAUAACCUGGAGAACUUCCGAGUGAAGCUGAUCUCUGUGAUCGACCCUUCCCGGAUAACCCCCUACCUCCGGCAGUGCAAAGUGCUCAGCCCUGACGAUGAGGAGCAGGUCCUCAACGACCCCACCCUGGUCAUGCGCAAACGGAAGGCAGGUGUUCUUCUGGACAUUCUUCAGCGAACAGGACACAAGGGCUUUGAGGCCUUUAUGGAGAGUCUUGAGCUUUAUUAUCCACAGCUGUAUAAGAAAAUAACUGGCAAGGAGCCCAGCAGGGUUUUCUCUAUGAUUAUAGACACCGCUGGGGAAUCAGGCCUGAGCCAGGUGCUGAUGAACGAGAUCAUGAAGCUGCAGAGCGCGGUGCAGGAGGAGCGGCGCAGGGCCCAGGAGCUCACGGUGUGGCUGCACAGCAAGGAGGACACCAUCAGGGAGAUGUGGGUGAGGGACAGCCUGCUCCGAAAGCACCAGGAGCGGGCCCAGAGGAUGAAGGAGGAGAGGGACAGCCUGAGCAGGGAGCUGAAGAAGUGCAAGGAUGAGAACUACAACCUGGCCAUGAGCUAUGCCAAGCAGAGUGAAGAGAAGAGCGCGGCCCUCAUGAAGAACAGGGACCUGAUCCUAGAGAUUGACCACUUGAAGCACAGCCUCAUGAAGGCUGAGGAUGACUGCAAGCUGGAGAGAAAGCACACCAUGAAGCUCAAACACGCCAUAGAGCAGCGCCCCAGCCACGAGGUGGUGUGGGAGAUCCAGCAGGAGAAGGAGCUGCUCUUGGCCAAGAACCAGGAGCUGGAGAACACUCUCCAGGUCGCCAGGGAACAGAAUUUGGAGAAGAACCUCUCCAAGGAGACUCUGGAGGGUGACUGCAGGCAGAUACUGGAGGAACGGCGGGAGCUGGUGGACACCAUUUACAGCCUGCGCAAGGAGCUGCGCCGAGCCAGGGCGCUCCAGGACAAACAGUAUGCAGAGGAAAAAGAGAUGCUUGAGCUGCAGUGCACAUCCCUGAGGAAGGACUCCCAGAUGUAUAAGAAACGGAUUGAAGCUGUUCUGCAGCAGAUGGAGGAAGUGGCUGCAGAAAGAGACCAGGCUCUCCUGACCCGGGAGCAGUUCCACAUGCAGUACUCCAAGAACCUGGUGGAGAGGGACGCUCACCGCAAGCAGAUCCGGGAGCUGGGGGAGAGAUGUGACGAGAUGCAGCUGCAGCUCUUCCAGAAGGAGAGCCAGCUGCUGGCCACUGAGGCCAAGCUGAAAAGGUUGCAACUGGAGCUGCCCACCCCGACCUCCGACCUGGAUGAUACCUCCUCCAGAGAUUCCCAGGAACUCACCCUUCACAGUCACCUGGAUGAAGAUGCACAGCCCACUAAAAAAGAUUGCCCUGAAGGACCAAACCAGCAGCUGAGCCCUGGAGAAGAUAAUCUGCCCCCAAAGUCACUCAGUGAGUGUGGCUUGGCCAAUGAGGAACUGGCAGAAAAGGAGAGGAAGAGGAUGAAGGACUGCUUUGAGCGCUACCGAAGGUCUGGGCUGCAAAAAAGAGCCAUGAGGAGGGUGCCAAAGGACCGGCACCACGAGGCCGACUGGGAGAACACCACGGGCAGUGACAACACCGACACCGAGGGCUCCUGAGGGAGGGACAACGGGGACACCAUCAGCUCCUGAGAGAUGAAAACAGGGACACCGAGGGCUCCUGAGGGAGGGACAACGGGGACACCAUCAGCUCCUGAGAGAGGAAAACAGGGACACCGAGGGCUCCUGAGGGAGGGACAACGGGGACACUGAGGGCUCUGGAACGAGGGACAACAGGGACACCGAAGUCUCCUGAGAGAUGAAAACAGGGACACCAUCAGCUCCUGAGAGAGGGACAACAGGGACACCGAGGGUUCUGGAAUGAGGGACAAUGGGGACACCAUCAGCUCCUGAAGGAGGGACAACACUGGCAUUGAGGUCUCCUGAGUGCAGGAACCAACCUGGGAGGAAAACCCAGCCUGUGCUGGGGUGGCUGUGCCUCUGACUUUCACUCUCUAUGGACUAUUUAGAUUUUAAGACCGUCCAACCCAACAUUCAUGAAAAGUUAACAUGCGAAAGGCUGAUGCGUGCCAAAGGUUGGACUCCGUGAUCUCAGAGGUCUUUUCCAACCUCGUUGAUUCUGUGUUACCGGACACUAUUGUUUGCAUCUGACACGCCCUCAUCAAUCUCUCUUAUAGGUUAAUAAACACGAUUAAAUAUUGCGUGUGCGACAGUG